AUGGAGAAUGAUACAGAAGUAACUGACUUCAUCCUUCUGGGACUUUCAGAUGCCCCAGAACUGCAGGUCCCAUUCUUUAUAAUGUUUGUCCUCAUCUACCUCAUCACUCUAAUUGGAAAUCUGGGCAUGAUCAUGUUGAUUCUGUUGGACUCUCAUCUUCACACUCCUAUGUACUUUUUCCUCAGUAAUCUCUCUCUAGUAGACUUUGGAUACUCCUCAGCUGUCACGCCUAAAGUGAUGGCUGAGCUCCUUAGAGGAGACAAAGUCAUCUCUUACAAUGCAUGUGCUGCUCAGAUGUUCUUUUUUACAGUCUUUGCCACUGCGGAAAGUUACCUCUUGGCAUCAAUGGCCUAUGACCGCUAUGCAGCAGUGUGCAAACCCCUGCACUAUACCACCACCAUGACGGCAAGUGUGUGUGUGUGUCUUGCCAUAGGCUCUUAUGCUUGUGGUAUUCUGAACGCCUCUGUAAAUGUUGGAGAUACCUUCAGUCUCUCUUUCUGUAGGUCCAAUGUGGUUCAUCACUUUUUCUGUGAUGUUCCAGCAGUCAUGGUUCUUUCUUGCUCAGAUAAACACAUCGGUGAGUUGGUUCUUAUUUAUAUUAGUAGCUUCCAUGUGUUUUUUGCUCUCAUGGUUAUCUUUGUUUCCUACCUGUUCAUAUUUAUCUCCAUUUUGAAGAUGCAAUCAUCUCAGGGACACCAAAAGGCUUUGUCCACCUGUGCUUCCCACCUCACUGCUGUCUCCAUCUUCUAUGGAACAGUCAUCUUCAUGUACUUACAGCCCAGCUCCAGCCAUUCCAUGGACACGGACAAAAUAGCCUCUGUGUUCUAUACUAUGGUCAUUCCAAUGCUGAACCCUGUGGUCUACAGCCUGAGGAACAAGGAGGUCAAAACUGCAUUCAAGAAGAUAGUUGAAAAAGCAAAAUUGUCUCUAGGGUUAACCCUUUAA